AUGGUCGGCAACAGAACCGAACUCAGUAGUUGGGAUGCCGUAAAAGCUGCUCUUAUUCAGUGUUUUUCGGAUAAAAGAGAUUUAGACUGUCUUAUACAAGAACUAACCAGGAUGAGGCCAUUUACGGGUGAACAUUUGACAAGUUUUGGCAACAGAAUUCAACUUAGUAAAAGUAGUGUAAUUCAAAGGGUGAGCAAUGACACCAGCCUUUCAACAGAGCAAAAGAUUUGUCAAAUUAGUCACUACGAUAAAACCGCUUUAAAUACUUUUAUAGCAGGGUGUAGUGGUCAAUUACGAAAUAACAUGUAUAUUAUAAAAACAGAAUUACUAGAAGAUGCGAUAGCUUUUGUUGAUGAGUUUGAAAAUUUCGAAAGAUUAUACGGUAGUAAGCAAAAUACAAAUUUAAAUCAAAAACCGAAUAAUCAAUCAAUGCAAAGACCGAAUCCAAAUUUUAGAAAUUUUCAAAAUAAUCCUCAAAAUAAUUUCCAAAAUCAACCAAAUUUUAACAAUUAUAACAGAAACCAAAAUUAUCAACAAAAUUACAACAAACAAUAUAACCCUAAUUAUCAACAAAACCCAAAUUUUCAAUCGAAACCAGUUUUUCCAAGUCAACCUAUUGAUUUACCCCCAUCUCGACAAGUACCCCAAAGAGUUCCCACUAACAGAGAAGUUUUCGGACCCCCUCGUAAUGUCUUUAAACCUAGACCUAUACCUCCACACGAACAGACUAAACCUGAACCGAUGUCGACUACAUCACACGUUCCUUCUACGAUGUAUAGUAAAAGAAAUUCUCACAUAUAA